AUGGCGAGUGCGAAGCAGCAGGAGCAUAUGCUGCUUACGGAGCAUUUUACUUGGCCGCCUAUUACGCUAAUCGACGACAUCAUCAACGCCGUAAACGAAGUCCUCUACCGCUGCACCGACUCCUUUGAAACCGGGCUCCUCAGCGCCGACCCCGCCCUCCUCGGCUUCGCAGACCGCUACGCAGCCGAGCAGCGUGCACCGGCCCGGGAUGGCGACGGCGGGGCCCUGUAUCCCGAGGCCAGGCUGGAGAUUGAGGAGGGCGUGUUGAAGCUCGAGACGUUGAUGGAGAAUGCGGUGGAUAAGAAUUUUGACAAGUUGGAGAUUUGGACGUUGAGGAAUGUGUUGUGUUUGCCGAGGGGGGAGGAGGAGUUGGCGUCGUGGGUGAGGUUGGGGGGGUAUGAGGACAACAACAGAACCUCGUACACCCACCCAAAGACCCAGGUCUCACUCCAGAAGCCCUCUACACCCUCCGCCGCAAACUCAUCGAGACGCAAAAACUAA